CCGAUAAAACUGGUUCAGUAUUUCAAACCACUUUCUCCUCUUUAGAAACCCUAACUCGAUUCAUUUUGCUGCUAUAAAUAUAAGCAUCCAUCUAACUUCCAAUACUUUCUCUUGCUCAUUUUCACUGUUAUCUGCCAUUAGGGUUUAUUGAAAUUCUCUGCGACUGCCUCGGUGUUCGUAUUUUUCUGAUUUAUAUAAUGGGUAAGGAGAAGGUUCAUAUCAGCAUUGUGGUCAUUGGACAUGUCGAUUCCGGCAAGUCCACCACCACCGGACAUCUUAUCUACAAGCUCGGAGGUAUCGACAAGCGUGUGAUCGAGAGGUUUGAGAAGGAAGCUGCCGAGAUGAACAAGAGGUCAUUCAAAUAUGCUUGGGUGCUCGACAAGCUUAAGGCUGAGCGGGAACGUGGUAUUACCAUUGAUAUUGCCUUGUGGAAAUUUGAGACCACCAAGUACUAUUGCACUGUUAUUGAUGCUCCGGGGCAUCGUGACUUUAUUAAGAACAUGAUUACUGGUACCUCACAGGCGGAUUGUGCUGUUCUUAUUAUUGAUUCCACUACUGGUGGUUUUGAAGCUGGUAUUUCUAAGGAUGGUCAGACACGUGAGCAUGCUCUCCUUGCUUUCACCCUUGGUGUCAAGCAAAUGAUUUGCUGCUGCAACAAGAUGGAUGCCACUACUCCCAAGUACUCUAAGAGCAGGUAUGAGGAAAUUGUUAAGGAAGUCUCUUCCUACCUCAAGAAGGUCGGAUAUAAUCCUGACAAGAUUGCUUUUGUUCCCAUCUCUGGGUUUGAAGGUGACAACAUGAUCGAGAGGUCUACUAACCUUGACUGGUACAAGGGUCCAACCCUCCUGGAAGCUCUUGACAUGAUCAACGAGCCAAAGAGGCCCUCAGACAAGCCUCUUCGUCUUCCACUUCAGGACGUUUAUAAGAUUGGCGGCAUUGGAACUGUCCCAGUGGGUCGUGUUGAAACUGGUGUUAUCAAGCCUGGUGUGGUCGUAACCUUUGGGCCUACUGGAUUGACAACUGAAGUUAAGUCAGUUGAGAUGCAUCAUGAGUCUCUCCUUGAGGCCCUACCCGGUGACAAUGUCGGUUUCAACGUGAAGAAUGUUGCAGUCAAGGAUCUUAAGAGAGGUUUUGUCGCAUCAAACUCUAAGGAUGAUCCUGCAAAAGAGGCUGCCAACUUCACUUCCCAGGUUAUUAUCAUGAACCACCCUGGUCAGAUCGGAAAUGGAUACGCUCCUGUUCUCGAUUGCCACACCUCCCACAUUGCUGUCAAGUUUUCCGAGAUCUUGACCAAGAUUGAUCGUCGAUCUGGUAAGGAGAUCGAGAAGGAGCCUAAAUUUUUGAAGAAUGGGGACGCCGGGAUGGUGAAGAUGAUUCCAACUAAGCCCAUGGUGGUCGAGACAUUCUCAGAGUACCCACCAUUGGGCCGAUUUGCUGUUAGGGACAUGCGACAGACUGUUGCUGUCGGUGUGAUCAAGAGUGUCGAGAAGAAGGAUCCAAGUGGAGCCAAGGUGACCAAGUCAGCUGCUAAGAAGGGAGGUAAAUGAAUUGUGCGGCCGACCGGUUAUAUUAAUGGUAUUGAGAAAAUUUUAUGGUUUUAUUAUAGUAGUUUGAAGUAUUUAGUUAUUGGUUAUAUUAUGAAUUUUGUUCUGUGUCCGAUGUCUAGUUGCAGUGCCCAGAAUUGGGUGCUGGACAGACGGUGGAGACAGUUCCAGAGGGAGUUAUUUUUGAUAUGGUUCUGUAAUUUUGUGACAGCUGCUUGAAUUUGACAUUUAAUAUUUGCAUUUCUUUGCUA